AUGGCCGGCCGUCAUAAACCCAUCCGUCUCCCUCCCCUGAAGACUCUGCGGGUGCACAACCCCAAGCGCCAGGUCGAGAAUCCAUGCAUUGCUAUCAUGUCUAGUGUUCUCGCAUGCUGGGCUUCAGCAGGUUACAACGCAACAGGCUGCGCAGCAGUAGAGAACCAACUCCGCAAAUGCAUGGACGGUCCCGCGGCUCCUCCUGCGCCUACGAAUACUAUCAACUACCACUUGGCGCGUAUGCAAAAGUACAUGACCGGACCUCGAAAGCAGAAGUAG